AUGUCAGGUAUAGAUAGCAAACGAGAGAAGUUAGCUGGUUUGUCUCUUAAUGACAUAUUAGCCAAUCAAAAUAGAUCCGUAUCAACUCCGUCAACCCAACCAUCUCCUAAAAGCCGAACUCUCUUAGAGAUCAUCCGAGAAGACCAAACCAAUAAAAAAGAUCGAAGAUCUUGGAAAGUCUUUAAAGACAAGCUUCGGCUCAAGCGCUCCGGCUCGGCUUGGACAUCAUCAAUUCACAUUCCAACAUCAGACAUUCCCAUCCAAAAUCCAAACAGCAGAACCUUUUCCCAGCUCGGCCGUCACGACUCGGUCCGAAUCCAAUCUCACCACGACUCGGACAUGGAGACAACUCACCAAGUGGACGACCUCGUUCCGCCAGAUGAAUCCAAUGCUCCAGUUUCUAGACCACAAUUCUCUCGCAAGAGCUCAACUCGUUUCACGCCGGAUGCCUCUGAGAGUCCCACCGGUGGAGGACUUCUCCGACCGCAACUCUCACGUAAGAAUUCCGUCAACAUGCCAUCGUCAGAGCCCUUUCGAAAAGGCCGUGUGGUGACUUUUCGAGACAGCUUUGAUGAUGACGAAGAUGACGAGGAUGAAACCAAGAAGCCGGGGAGGGCAUUAUCCGCUAGAGAGGCUGUGGCGGCUCAGGAAGCGGCAGAAGCUGCUUCGGAGGAACAAGAGGAGGGUGAGACAGGACAUCCGAUGAUGUCGCUGAUGGAUUUGUUAGAGGAGACCGAUAGAGAAAUGGGGUUGGAAGGGUCGAGGUAUGUAUUAAGUGAUGAUGAAGAUUAUUAUGAUGAUGAUGAAGAAGAAGAUGAAGAUGAUGAAAAUGGAGGAAGUGGUUUGGAACAAAGUUGUUGUAUUUGCAUGGUGAAGCAUAAGGGUUCUGCUAUGGCAUCUUGUGGUCAUAGUUUUUGUAGGAUGUGUUCAAGGGAGCUUAUGGUUGCCAAGGGAAAUUGUCCACUUUGUAAUAAUUUCAUUACAGAGAUUCUUGAUAUUUUUUAA